AUGCCCGUCACGCUCACCAUUGUCAAUCAUGCCGCCGAAAACUGGCGCUCCUCUAGAGUUGGCACUUCUGGGAAACUCCUCGAGUUGGUCAGUCCCAAGGAGCACCGGAGAACAAGCAGAGUCAUUCAAAGCUCCUUUGAUGGCCGUCUGCUCGGGGAAAAUCACACGUCCUCGAGUCCCAACGGAUUCGUGUGGGCAGCAAUCAACGCAUACAGCUCGCACCAUCAUCUGUGCAUACGACCAGAAGACGUGUGGUUCGCCAUUAUAACCCAGGUCGGCUUCUACGUGAACGCCCACGCCGAGAACUUUGGCGCUAUCGCCGGCGCAAUGACGCAUUUGAUGGCCAAGAACGUCAAGGACCCGGAGCUGCGCACCUGGGUUAUGCCGUCCUUCUCCACGACGUCGCAAACCGACAUUGCCGUUGCCUCUGUCUUGUUCAUGGGGGCUAUGCAAAAGUACUUCUCGUAUACUAUUCGCAUGCUCUGCGGUAUUCCGUCCGUAACACUCCUUGGUGAAGUCGCAGACUGGGAGGAUAUCCUUUCUAGGUUGGACAAGCUAGCGCAGCUGGGAGAAGAGCCAGGCCAAUUUGCAGACAUGUUGAAGCCGAUCCUGCGAAACAUGGUCCUCUCCUUCACAGAGCCGUCUAGUCCGGCCGUGAUCCGAUUCUGGAACAGCGUCGCGGAUAAACACCAAAUGAGCGGACUCUGUAGGUAUUCUGGGUGGAUCGCGGCCUUUUGUUUCUGGAACGAAAAGGGGGAAGCACAGCUAUCGCGCAAGUGUCGCAACGGUACAUGGCACGCCGUGAUUGACUCGGAAAACAUUCCAGCCGGGUUCUGCUCCGUGCCCGUCAAGGUCGACGACAACGGACAUGAGUUUAACUGCACCAUGAUAGCCGGCUCCGUGGGGAUCCAGGCCCGUUCCAUCUAUCCCUACAUUGCCCGGGAGAGAAGGGCGGCGACUUGUUCUUGGGACGCAAAAAUGCAUGCUAUCCAGCCGCUGUCAGGUUGGUGGAUCUGCGAGAACGAGUCCGCUGAAGAAGCAGAGGCGCCUCAGACCGAGAUCAAAGCUACUCGAGAUGAGUUGAUUGCCGUGGAUAAGGCAUGUGACACUAAAUUGCAAAGGUCGGCUAUCCAUAAAGGACAUAGGCAUACGCCGAGCAUGGCACGGCGGAGAGACUUGAGGAUGCGUCUAAGUGAGUUGAGAUAUUAG